CACUAGCAACUAGCUAUUCUGCUGAAUGCAGCUCUGUGGCAACUGAAGCCAUAGAAUAACACAGAAACAUCGCCGUGCUCUCUGCCCCUGAAUCACUCACAUCACUUUACAUUCCCUCCACAUAACACAGUCGGCAUUGUAUUGUAUCUUUGGAACUAACUUGGAAUAUCACUCACUACCUCUCCAAAUCAAUACUCAAAAUGGUUGCUGAAAAGCGUGAGAAGCUGGAAGCCCAGAUUAAGUCUGCUGAUAUGAGCGAAGACAUGCAACAGGAAGCCAUUGAAGUUGCAACGGAGGCCAUGGAUAAGUACCACAUCGAAAAGGACAUUGCGCAGUACAUAAAGAAAGAGUUUGACCUGCGCAAGGGCGCAACGUGGCAUUGCAUAGUAGGGCGCAAUUUUGGCAGCUUCGUGACGCAUGAAACCAAGCACUUUAUAUACUUUUAUGUGGGCCACUGCGCCAUUUUACUCUUCAAGACCCAAUAAGUAACCGGCGAUCGUUUCUGGAUGAGAAUGCCAGCGCCCGGCCUCCCCCUUCCGUUCGAGAUCCUCGUCCUAUACCAAUUUGUUCUACAGUCUCAGAAUGACUUGAAUUUUUUUUUUUUUUUUUUCUCUCUCAGACUUCACCAUUCUAGAACGUUUAUAAAUGGCGGGUUAUAUACUACUGCAACAGAAUUUCCCAAUACGUAUACGUGCGCACUCAUAAGAAAGAGAAAGGACAGAAGAAGAAUGGUGGUAUGAUGUGGAGCUGGAGCUUGGAAUGAACGAUUAACGAAACGCUUUCUCCUUUUACUCUCUUCUUUUUAUGGUUUGUUCUUAUUGCCUUCAUGUUGUCUAUUUUUUUGUCAUUUUUACCCUUGCUCUCAGCUAGUCAUUUCUUAUUUAUUUACCUUUCCUUCAAUUUACUUUCAGCAUCCACAGACAUUGCAUAUCGUGACAUCAUUUGCCCCCUUUGCGAAUGAAUUAACAGAAAAGCAACACGGAUGAUGAUUGAGCAAAGUCGUAUGAAAGUGUGCCGCUUGGGAUAAAUAAAAUAAUUCUAUUACUGAUGAUAACUGCUCGAGUCCUAUUCCUAUUAAGCCCACCAAAUGCAACUCCG